AUGGCGUUAAUAUCCGCCAUGACGAUCAUCACCUCCCUCUCCCUCUUCCACCUAACCCUCGCCUAUUUCUUCCUCACAAACCCAGAUGCGAUUGCAGAUCAAGCCAUGGUUUUCAUCAUAGGAGAGGCUAUGAACAUGCCACAUGCGCGCUCCUUCGAAGUCCCAUCCCCAACGCUAGCCUUCCUCGCAGCCCUCUUCCUCUUCCUCGGCAUAAGCGACCUAACAGCCUGUUCCUCGCGCGAAGAAGUAUUCGUAUUCUACUGGGGUGCUCAAGCGCCCGCCCGCCUCGGCGUCCUCCUCCUCCUAACGCUCUACUCCUAUUUCUUCUCCGCCAAAUCACCCAUCUACGGUACAUCCUCGUACAUCCCCAGCGUAUGGGGCGAAGGGCUCAAGAACCGGAUCUUCUUCACCUGGGCGUUUGUGGAGACGGCGGCGUGGUUCUGGAUCUGGGUUACGUUGCGGGAGGAGAGGAGGGAGUGGGCGAUGAAGAUCCAGAUGCAGAGGGCGGAGGAGGAGGAGAAGUUAGGACAUUGA